AUGUCACAUUUGGAGACCUUCGCCUUGAGCCUUCAAAGCACUCGUCGAAUGGUGGAAAACUCCAACAAAAGCAAAGAUGCAGGAAUUCGAACUUUAGUCAUGCUUGAUGAGCAGGGAGAACAAUUGGACAAAAUUGAGGAAAACAUGCAACGCGUUAACCGUGGCAUAGAAGAUGCUGAAAAAAAUCUUGAAGGGCUGGAAAAAUGCUGCGGACUUUUUGUACUUCCAUGGAAAAAUCUUACAAACGACCAACGGGAGACCCAAAUGGAAGAAAACAUUGGUGAAGUGAUGGGCGUCAUGACCAAUCUGCGAAACAUGGCGAUCGACAUUGGGGCAGAAUUCAAAUCACAAAACAAGCAAAUCACAAGAAUAAAUAAUAUGGCAAUUUCAAACGAAGCACGCGUUGAGUUGGCAAAUAAAAGAGCCAAUAAAAUACUCAAAAAUUGA